CUUCCAUCUUUAAACGUGGGAGUGAAUCCAUGGGGAUCGAUCGUAAAUACAUUCCUCUAUUUUUGCAUGUGUAAACUAUUUCUUCUCCCCCAAUUCCACUAAUCACAGCCUAUAUAGCAAAAUAAUGAUCCAAUUCCAAUGUUCUUUCACCACCAUUUUCUUCACUUAGAACUCUCCAAGAUUUACCAAUCCCUGUCAAGAACCAAACAGCUGCAUGCUUUUAUCAUAAAGACCCACCUCCUUGACCCAUUUUAUGCAACCAGAAUAGUAAGAUUUUAUGCUAACAAUAACGACAUUUGCGCUGCGCGCAACCUGUUCGACAAAACGCCCCACCGGAGUGUGUUUCUUUGGAAUUCAAUAAUUCGAGCAUAUGCGCAAGUCCACAACUUUGGUGAAGCAUUAUCUCUCUUUAACAUGAUGCUUAAAACUGAAAGUAAACCUGAUAGUUUUUCUUUUGCUUGUAUUAUACGGGCGUGUUCUGAGGACUUCAAUUUAGAUGCGCUGAGACUUGUUCAUGGAGGAGUAAUACUUUCUGGGUUGGGAUUGGAUCCCAUUUGUAGUAGUGCAUUUGUGACGGCUUAUUCGAAACUGGGUCUGGUUGAUGAAGCCAGUAGGGUAUUUGAUGGGAUAGUUGAGCCGGAUUUGGUGAUGUGGAAUUCGAUGAUUUCUGGUUAUGGAUAUUGUGGAUUUUGGGAUAAAGGGCUAGUGCUGUUCAGUAAAAUGAGAAGUAAGGGGAGGCGGCCGGAUGGAUAUACAGUAGUCGGGUUGCUCUCAGGUUUAGCAUAUUCCAGCUUGCUGAGUAUUGGCCAAGGAAUACAUGGAUUUUGUCUAAAAACUGCCUUCCAUUCUAAUGCUCAUGUAGGCAGUGUACUUGUGAGCAUGUACUCGAGAUGUAAGUGCAUGGAUUCUGCAUAUAGAGUUUUUUGUAAUUUGUUCCAACCUGAUUUAGUUACAUGGUCUGCUUUAAUAACUGGAUAUUCGCAAUCUGGAGAUUAUGAGAAGGCUCUGUGUUUCUUCAAGAAACUGAACAUAGAAAGUAAGAAGGCGGAUACCAUUUUGAUUGCCAGUGUACUGGCAGCUACUACUCAAUUAGCAAAUGUAGGGCCUGGUUGUGAGAUACACGGUUAUGUACUUAGACAUGGAUUUGAAUCGGAUCUAAUGGUCUCCUCUUCCCUCAUAGACAUGUAUUUCAAGUGUGGUUUUGUGGGCUUGGGAAUUCGUGUCUUUGAGACUACGCCAAAAAGGAAUGUAGUUUCUUACAAUUCAGUAAUUUCAGGUCUUGGUUUGCAUGGACUUGCCUCUCAGGCAUUCAAAGUGUUUGAAGAGAUACUGGAGAAAGGGUUAGUACCUGACGAAUCGACUUUCUCUGCUCUCCUUUGUGCUUGCUGCCACGCUGGCCUUGUCCAAGAUGGCCAGGAAAUUUUCAGAAAAAUGAAAGAUGAAUUUCAAACUCAAGCUAGAACUGAGCAUUAUGUUUACAUGGUAAAACUCUUCGGGAUGGCUGGUAAGUUGGAAGAGGCUUACAAUCUUAUUCUGUCUUUGCCAGAACCAGUGGAUUGUGGCAUCUGGGGAGCCCUUUUAUCAUGCUGUGAUGCAUGUGGAAAUUCCAAUCUGGCAGAAAUUGUAGCUCAGCGGCUUUUUGAAGAUAAUCCUGAGAAAAAUUCUUAUAGAAUCAUGCUUUCUAACAUAUAUGCAUCUGAUGGGAGGUGGGAUGGUGUGCAGAAGCUGAGGAAUGAUAUGACAGGAGGAGAACUGAGGAAAAUUCCUGGGGUUAGCUGGAUUGCAGGCAGUAGUAAUUAACUAUUGAAAAGAUAUCUACAUUCUUGAUCAUAUCUUCUUCAUUGCAUCUUGUGACAACAUUUAUGGAUAAACAAGAUGGAAACUCUGGGAGCACAGGGAAAAAGUCGCAUUAAGCCCCAAGAAAACAGAAACGAGAACCAUCAGAGAAAAAAGAAACAGAGAGAGCCAAAGACGAAAAUGGCAGGAACUAAAGAGCCCCAAAACUAUGACGAAACCCUAAACCCCAUGGAAACCACUGGAAGAUACAGUUCGUUUGCUUCUUUGGCUUCUGCUCUCUCCCUUCUACCGCUUUCAGCCUCGUUCCUCUUCCCAGGUCCAAGAAGGUUUGCUCGGGAGGCACAUGGCUCUCUUCAUCUUCGACAGCUUUGCUUGGUCUUAUCACUGGUCCCAAAGCCCAGAAUGGUGAAGAAUUGAGCUGUGAGAAUCCUGUUGGAAUUUAUGGUGCUCAAUUGCCUCUCCCUUGAACUAUGAAGGCAUGCAAUACACAUAUCCUGAGGUAACAAUACAUGCUGGUGACUCAGAAGCCACUUCUUCAGCUUUGCCUCCCAGCUUGACUGCAUUCGUUUCCGGCUGUUGCAACAAAGCUGCAG